CUGCGCUUGUCAUCAUGGCGACGCGGGGCCAUGUGCAGGACCCUAACGACAGGCGCCUCCGGCCCAUUUACGAUUAUCUUGAUAAUGGUAAUAAUAAAAUGGCAAUUCAGCAAGCAGAUAAAUUGUUGAAGAAACAUAAGGAUCUUCAUUGUGCUAAGGUUUUAAAGGCAAUUGGUUUACAGAGAACUGGAAAGCAAGAGGAAGCCUUCACCUUGGCACAGGAGGUGGCGGCCCUUGAACCCACAGAUGACAACUCGCUGCAGGCACUGACUAUUCUCUAUCGGGAGAUGCAUCGACCGGAGUUAGUUACAAAACUUUAUGAGGCAGCUGUGAAGAAAGUUCCCAAUAGUGAGGAGUAUCACUCUCACCUCUUCAUGGCUUAUGCCAGAGUGGGCGAAUACAAGAAAAUGCAACAGGCUGGCAUGGCUCUAUAUAAGAUUGUCCCCAAAAACCCUUACUACUUUUGGUCUGUGAUGAGCUUAAUUAUGCAAUCUAUAUCGGCACAAGAUGAAAACCUCUCAAAAACGAUGUUUCUGCCCCUCGCUGAGAGAAUGGUAGAAAAAAUGGUGAAAGAGGACAAGAUAGAAGCUGAAGCUGAAGUUGAACUUUAUUAUAUGAUCCUGGAACGUUUGGGAAAGUACCAGGAAGCCUUAGAUGUUAUCAGAGGAAAAUUAGGAGAGAAGUUGACAAGUGAGAUUCAGAGUCGGGAAAAUAAAUGCAUGGCUAUGUACAAGAAGCUGAGCAGGUGGCCAGAGUGUAAUGCCCUUUCCAGGCGCCUCUUACUGAAAAACUCAGAUGACUGGCAGUUCUAUCUGACUUAUUUCGAUUCUGUGUUUCGACUGAUUGAAGAGGCCUGGACUCCUCCUGCUGAAGGUGAACACUCUUUAGAAGGAGAAGUCCAUUAUUCUGCAGAAGAAGCUGUGAAAUUUAUAGAAGAUCGGAUAACAGAAGAAUCUAAAAGUUCCCGCCAUCUCCGAGGACCACAUCUUGCUAAACUGGAACUGAUUAGACGUUUAAGACGUCAAGGUUUUAAUGAUGAGUACAAACUAGGUGAUCCAGAAGAAUUAAUGUUCCAGUAUUUUAAAAAGUUUGGGGAUAAGCCUUGCUGUUUUACAGACCUCAAGGUGUUUGUUGACCUCUUGCCUGCUACGCAGUGUACAAAAUUUAUUAAUCAAUUACUUGGAGUUGUUCCUUUGUCGACACCAACAGAGGAUAAGUUGGCACUGCCUGCCGACAUCAGAGCUCUGCAGCAACAUUUAUGUGUGGUGCAGCUGACGAGGUUACUUGGCUUGUACCACACUCUGGAUAAAAAUCAGAAACAGAGUGUGGUCAGAGAAUUGAUGUUAAGGUACCAGCAUGGACUGGAAUUUGGGAAAUCCUGUUUGAAAACCGAAUUGCAGUUUUCAGACUAUUACUGUCUCCUUGCUGUCCAUGUGCUUAUUGAUAUAUGGAGAGAAACAGGUGAUGAGACUGCUGUGUGGCAGGCCCUGACUUUGCUGGAAGAGGGAUUAAUCCACAGCCCUUCCAACGCUCAAUUCAAAUUGCUGCUUGUUCGAAUCUACUGUGUACUGGGUGCAUUUGAACCAGUGGUGGAUCUGUACUCCAGCCUUGAUGCUAAGCAUAUCCAGCAUGACACCAUUGGCUAUCUUUUGACCCGAUAUGCCGAGUCCCUAGGUCAGUAUGCUGCUGCAUCCCAAUCCUGUAACUUCGCGCUCAGGUUUUUCCACUCCAACCAGAAAGAUACCUCAGAAUAUAUUAUUCAAGCUUACAAAUAUGGUGCAUUUGAGAAGAUCCCAGAGUUUAUCGCUUUUAGGAACAGGCUGAAUAAUUCUCUUCAUUUUGCACAAGUCCGUACUGAACGGAUGUUGUUAGACCUUCUACUUGAAGCAAAUAUAUCAACCAGUUUAGCAGAAAGUAUAAAAUCAAUGAAUCUUCGGCCAGAAGAAGAUGACAUUCCAUGGGAAGCCUUGCGAGACAACAGAGACUUAAAUGUUUUCUUCAGCUGGGAUCCAAAAGAUAGGGAUGUUUCUGAAGAACAUAAGAAACUUUCCUUGGAGGAGGAGACCAUGUGGUUAAGAAUCCGUUCCUUAACAUUGAGGCUGAUCAGUGGACUUCCAAGUCUUAAUCAUCCUGUGGAGCCAAGGAACUCAGAAAAGACCACUGAAAAUGGCGUGUCCUCCCGGAUUGAUAUUUUUCGUUUACUCCUUCAACAGCUGGAGUUGGCUAUGGAGACAGGAAAGCGAUUUAUUGAGAAAGAAAUUCAGUAUCCUUUCCUUGGUCCUGUACCCACCAGAAUGGGUGGAUUCUUCAGUUCUGGCUGUUCUCAGUGUCAGACCAGUUCUUUUUAUCUUGUUAGUGAUAUUUAUGAGCUGGACACCAGUGGUUUAGAGGAUACAGUGGAGAUCCAGGAGCGAGUAGAGAAUAGUCUUAAGACUUUACUAGAACAAUUAAAAGAUGUCUUCAGUAAAUGUAAAGGUGACCUCUUAGAAGUUAAAGAUGGUAACUUGAAAACGCAUCCUGCUCUUUUAGAGAAUCUAGUCUUCUUUGUUGAGACUAUUUCUAUUAUCCUUUGGGUGUCCAGUUACUGUGAGAGUGUCUUACGACCAUACAAAUUAAAUCUACAGAAAAAGAAAAAGAAGAAAAAAGAAACCAGCAUCAUCAUGCCACCAAUCUUUACCAGUUUCCAAGACUACGUUACUGGGCUUCAGACUUUAAUUUCCAAUGUUGUGGAUCACAUUAAAGGGCUUGAAACACAUCUAAUUGCACUUAAACUUGAAGAACUUAUUUUAGAAGAUACUUCUCUCUCGCUGGAAGAGAGAAAAUUUUCAAAGACUGUGCAAGGGAAGGUGCAGAGCAGUUAUCUACACUCACUUCUGGAAAUUGGUGAGCUGCUGAAGAAAAGACUGGAGACCACAAAGAAACUAAAAAUUUAAGCAAGUGUGAACCACAGGCAUCAAUGACUCUGCAGCAGAAAAUGACAUCAUCUUCCCAGGCAAAAGCGACAUCUGGUUGACCAUCAUUUUAAUCCAGAACUUCCUCAUAAAAUGCAUGAAGGACUUUGAUUGUGAAUUAAUUUUUUAGGUAUUAAAUGUAUACAACUGAUUAAAUUAUUGUAUAUAAACCGGAAGCAGGACCCUUAUCUGGGUUUGACCACUUUUUAUACAUGUUCAUAUGCAUAUGGCAGCCACAAGAGAACCCCACUUUUCUUCUUUCCUUCCAUCGCCAGAAACAUCUGGUGGGGGGGGGGGUUGUCCUAUAAAAGCAGCAAUAGAAAUUAAGCAUAAAGCAUUGACCUCAGAGCAGCUGAAUGGCCCUACCAUUAUAGCAGUGGGUGUUUGGUCUGGUUCUUGAGCCUUAGGAAGCAGAAAGCAGUGGAGGGGGACCAAGGCUGGGAGCAGGCCCUCUUUCCUUUCCACAUUAGUUUAGUUUUGAGGUUUCCUCAGCUGCUUUGCUCUCACAGAAUCCAAAGCAGGUACCCGAAGGGCCUCAGAUGAAAUUUGGCAUAGGCACCUGUCAGUGAAGGGUGCCCCUCAGAAGACCACAGGCACUCACUCAAGUGUUUGGCUUAAUAGUCUAAUAGCCAAGACAUCCCCAUCCUAGCUCCUGUGAGAGUUAAAUCACAAAUAGGCUUGUGUUAACUUACGGCUGUAUGGAGGGGAAAGCAGUGCAGGCCACUUACGGGCCUGCUGAGUACUAGCUUGCUGUCUUUCAUCCAUCUUUGGGAAAGAUGGGAAUCACUGUUUCAGAGAAGAGAGGUGUACAUAAUUUAUGCAGGCGAGUCUAAUACCAGUGUCAUUGGUUUUGUGAGAUAUAUAUAUAUGUAUAUGCUUUUACAUAUAUAUUUUCAAGCAUAUAUAUAU